AAACUUUCCUUUAUACAAUGCCUAUCACGAUUUAGAGGAGGGGCCUAGUUAGAAGGAAAAAAAGCCUUCCUAACUAGGGGUGUUUUAUUGAUUCUUCUAAUGGCUUAAUUAAUAUAAAUAGGCAGCAGAAUUUUAACUGUAUUAUUUCUAAUCAGAUUUUUUUGUCAGCUCAUUUUAAUCCUAAUAUUUCUGGCAGAAAAUGAGUAGUUCCUCAUUGGUUCUUUCAUAGCGCCAAAUGUCUCCCUUGUCCCACUAAUGUAAUAACAAACAUCUGCACAAGUUCAGCAGAAAGAUAGUGAGGCCUUAGGGGGGAUAUAUUAAGUCAUUUACAUAAAUUAAAAGUAAUCCUGCUUUACCUUUGAGAAAGUGCUAGAGCUUAUUUGUGCUAAAAAAAAAAAAAUUAUGGAUGGCAACUAAAAUUAAUUCAAGUAAACAACAAAUACAGUUAAUUCUCAUUUUCUACUGUAUCUCUUUGGCUUAGCUAUUAUAUCUACCUUCCCUUUCACGUGUAAAUCAAUAGUUAUUUUCCAGUUCAUUUAAUAUUUAACGUUUCUUAGUGUAAAUCGUUUAUCACCCAAUUAUGAUUAAAAUUUAAAACAAAAGAUUUGUAUCUUCCUUAUGCAUUGGAUUCACUGGUUCACAGUUUUACUGAGGCUAUCAUUAGGGCUGGACACUAUCAUCAAUACAAAUUGCUAGGUUUUCAAGACAAACUAUUUCAAAUCACAGGAGAUGCUUUAGAGGAGCAUUCUAUAAUAGAGAAGCCUCAAUUGUAGGUUUUAACAUAGUUCCCUUAAAAGAGUUUUGUCCGUAAAAGUCAUUACUCAGAAUUGCUGGGCCGGGAAGAAAAUAGUCAUUCAUAAUUGUUAAUCUAGUCCUUUGGGAGUAUAAACAUGGUAUUUUCCCAGCUGAUCCUGUGCUGAGCAUAGAAGUGGAAGCGUUUAUCCAGCUGACUCCAUCAGAACCACAUACACUGUUAAAAUUUGUUUUGUUAAAGACUUGUGCAAAGACUGGGGUAACAGAGGACUUGGCUUCCUUCUACAUAUAGCCUCUGACUGUGCCACUUGUGGAACAUUGAUGGUUUGCUCGUCACUCCCUUAUCAACACGGGGUGUUUCUACCAGCAUUGAUAGCCACUAUGGAAAUUAAGAGAGAAAUCACAAGGCAACUACAGUUACUUAAGUGUCUCAGGAAGCUAUUUAGGCAUAAAAGAUAUAACUGUUUGCAAAAGAAGGAAUAAUUCAGUCAAGAAAAUAAGACCACAAACCAGCAAGUAUCUCUGAUAACCUUAGCAGGUCCAGUUCCAUGUGUAAAAGUAGGCAUGCAUAUAAGUAGAGACUUCUGUGUAAUCUUUUACAAGAAGCUUUGAGAGAAAUUCUACAAUUUCAGGGCAAAAAUAAAAGCGGUUAAAGGGUAAAAUAAGACAAUAUUAUUUACUUUCAUGCUUACUAGUCAUUUCCCUGGGGGGGUCACAACUCUCUAAGCAGUUCAGCUGAGUUCUCCUCAGCUGCAGCUUGUUUAAUUUAUUAGGCCAAUGUUUCUCUCAAAAUCCCCACCCUUCUGCAGUCAUUCUGAGUUGUGGUAAUGUGGUCUCUUAGGAAUAAGUGACUGUGUCCCUGCUGUCUGAGAAGUCCCCUGCGUACAGCACAGCACCUGUAGGAAGAAUUCAUUUCCUUCUUCAAAAGAGGAACCCCACUAAAUGGCUGAGCAACAGGGUCAAAAAAGCAACCAGGGCAGCAAUAUGGAACCAAGGGACAGCAUAAAGAACUUGCUAACAAGCACACAGUGCCUGAAUCACCGCAAAUCACUACCCAGAAGAUCUGUUGAGAAGGUGAACAAAUGCAUUCAGGUUGACAUGGACUUGGAAGUGGAGAAUCCUAGUAUAGAUUUGACUCUUUUUCCAAAAGUCAGCCUUUCCAAGAAGCCUCAGCAAUGUCCAGGGAACGCGUCACCACCCCAGCAAGGUGUCUCAUCACCCUCCCAAGGGCAGCCUGCUACACCAGCUCUGUUACCAUUGCUUCCACCACCUCCAUUCCUUCCCCCUAAGUGUAAGAUUCCUCCCCCACCCCUUCUCAUGCCUGGCAUAAAUGCACCAUCACUCCCACCUCCCCAGCUGUGCAGUAAUCCUGAAUGCAGCCAUUUCACUUGUGGAUACAGCGAGCAGCCGUGCCCUAAGAAGACACCGAAGCUAAGGAUGAAGGUGUUUCACUGGCAGAAGCUCCCCUCUGACGUGGUGAGACAAAGCCGCUCCAUGUGGGCUGUGGUACCAAAUGGCAGCAAGGAGUUUAUAGAACCUGAUUACACAAGCUUGGAGCUACUUUUCUGUGCCUCACCAACAAAACCAAAGGAGACAAGACCAGCAAAGAAGUCAAAACAGGUCACAUUCAUUAGUCCAAAGAAAAGUCUCCUCCUGAGUAUAUUUCUGAAGCAGUUUAAGUGCUCCAAUGAAGAGAUUGCUAACAUGAUUCAGAAAGGGGACAGAUCCAGGUUUGAUGCUGGGAUACUGAAACAGCUACUUAAACUGCUGCCUGAAAGCCAUGAGAUAAACAAACUGAAAUCUUGCAAAGAAGAAAGGUCAGAACUAGCAAAUGCAGACCAGUUUUAUCUCCAUCUCUUGGAAGUUCCUAGCUACCAGUUGCGAAUUGAAUGUAUGCUGAUUUGUGAGGAAACACAAAUUCUUCUGCAGUGUUUGUGGCCAAAAGCACAAGCCAUCAGGACAGCUUGUGAAACACUUCUUACCAGUCACCGACUGCCGAUUUUCUGUCAAUUGAUUCUUAAAAUUGGAAACUUUCUAAACUAUGGGCACCACACUGGAGAUGCUGGAGGUUUUAAAAUCAGUGCCUUGCUCAAACUAACAGAAACAAAAGCAAACCAAAGCCACAUUACUCUGCUUCACCACAUUUUGGAGGAGGUUGAAAAAAACCACAAAGACCUGCUGCAGCUUCCCAGAGAUCUUGACUUUGUUUCCAAGGCAGCAGGGUUUCACUUUGACGCUAUGCGGGCUGAAGCAGGUGACAAUCUGAAGAAACUGCUGGAAAUAGAGAAGCGUUUAUUUUUGUCAACAGAGGAUUUAAAAAUACAGCACACAAAAUUUGUUCAAAGCAGUGUCAGUGCUUCAAAGGACCUGCAGGAGGAGUUGGCCAACAUCGAAAAGAAGAAAGAAGAACUAGCUGACUAUCUUUGUGAAGACCGAAAAAAAAUGUCCUUGGAAGAUGUAUUUAACACAAUGAAAACCUUCAGGGAACUCUUCCUCAAGGCCUUGCAGGAAAACCAAGAAAGGAAGGAGCAAGCUGCAAAGUCUGAGAAAAGGAAGAAAGAACUCAAAGUAGAAGACACGAAAAGGCUAAAGGCAGAGCAUGGAAAGAACAGUAUAUUUAGAAAAAAAUGAUUCUGUUUUUAUUAGCCAGAUUUUUAUUAAUUAGAAGCAGAUUAGAAGCUUAGCUGUGGGUGAUCCAACAGAGUAAGAGUGAUGUAGCCAUUGUUGAUGCUAUUGUUAAACAGAAAGUUUAGUAAAACAUCAAUUUUCAAGGGCUCAUGAACGAUCAGAAGAAAUCAUGACAGAAAUGCUAGAAAAAAUAUCAUUCCUAAUGAGUAAGUUACUCCAUUUUUCUUAAAGUUGAGUAAUAUACUGGUAUUGCUCUGAACAGCUGUUUGAAAGCUUUUAGGGAACACAAUGAGGUAGCACAAACUUGAACUUCAAACUGCCACACUGUCACUGAACUAGGCAAGCUGUGCUAUGUAUUAUUGUUACCUCAACCUUCCCUUUUUUCUGACUAAAGUUCUGAUUCCUUUAAGUGGUUAUGUGUGCACUUUAAUUAUAUGACUUGCUGCAAAACAGCAGUCUGAUGUAAAUUCAGAAAAGCUUUUGUUGAACUGGGUGUGAGGUAUUUCUAGUGUUAAUAUUAAUAGGCAUGUAUUUUAACAUUAUAUUUUGGUCAAUAGUUGACCUGCAGUUUUCUUAAAGAUUUCUGCUUGGUAUCAUUUAGUUGUGAUUCUUCAUUCUUCAGUGAACUACUGCAAAACUGGCAUUAGUAAACUUGAGAGGAGUUCACAUAAAUAUUGCAUUGGAUGCUCACCCCUUGGAAGACUGUGUUCCUUUCUUCCUGUUGUCUAACUACAUGGCCUUCUUUUAGUUCCUCCAUCAAAACUACUCAUCUUUAGAAAUGCAUUUGAAAAAUACAUAUAAAUACAUUGAAAACUGUCGAAAACAAUGUUUUCCAUAUUGUCUUGACAAGCUAUACUGCAAAUGUUUUAUCUACUUUGCAUACCUACUGUAAAGCUGCAGAUUCAAACAAUAAACCUUUUCUGAUGUAAAUACAGACAAGCAACUUAAUAUGUGGUAAAACAGAAUUACAAAGCAACAUUCAGAUGUAAGAGUUAAAGGUAUGUGCCAACCCUAUGAAAAGCAAGAGAACCAGACCAGAAUACAUUUUCACUACACGGUUUGGAUGGAAGUGUCAGUUUUCAGUCUCUUGUGAAAGGUAGAUUUAUUGAGAUAUAAAUUUAUUCAGUAUUUGCUUUAAAAAAUUGUGCUGAGUACAGGUGACAGUGAGAAUCAGGCAUUUUUGCAAUCUUGUUUUAUCUAUCAGGAUCAGAUUGUUUAGCCUAUGUAUAAUUUUAUUUUUUUAAAAUCACAUACUUAGCAAAUGAAAUAACUGUUUUCUGAAGGAGAGUCUGAAAAGAGAGUAAAUUUAGUGAAAUAAAAGGCUUGGUACCACAUGAAAUAACAUGAACCUUUAACUUUGUAGUUAUGUCCCUUGUAACCCUGUGCAUAAAUCUUUGAGGCCCCAAUCCCACGCUCUCCUAAUCUCUGACCUUAACUCCAGUCACAUGCUCUGUUAGUGUCAAUGUCUGGUUUAUCCAGUUGUCUGAGGAUCGUUUCCCUGCAGUUGACAGACAUGCCAGGAGAAACACACAGCAGCAAGGUCUCAGUGCAGGCCGUAAUCUCGCUCUCUCUAUUUCAAAAAGAAGAUAUGAAAGCAGAAGCAAAUGUCAUUGAUGUAUUAUUAAUAGAUUACAAGCAAAGGCUUGCAGCUGCUCAAAAGAGCCAGAAAGCAGUCUGAAUAGUUACCAGAAUUCCAAUGUAUGGCACGACUUAGGGAACAAAUCUCAGAACUACUUGACUGCAUGUAUUAAAAACAGCUUUACUUUCUACAGCUUCUGUUGCAGAAGCCUCUGUUGUUGGGCACUUAUAUCUUUCAGAAUCGUAACAGAUACAUGCAAAGACCAUUACUUUAUAUUAUUUGCCCAUAAAGCACUGGAAUUUUUAAUUAACCAAGGGGAAAAAUACAGCUGCUUCUAAUGCAGGUUUGGGGACACAGCUAUUGACCAGAACAAGAAACAGAGCAAAAGCCCUUGGGACCAAAACAUGAAAACAUGCAGAGAAGGUGAGAAUUUAUGUAUGUAACUGUGAUACUGUAACCACAGCAGAGAGGAAAGUGUUAUUAAAAGACAAAAAACAAGUAAGUUUUCAUGAAUGGUACUGGAGUUUUACAACAUAAUUAUCACCAUUACAUAUAGAAAUCAAUUGCAAAUGCAGACCCCAAGCCCAGUGUCUUAUGUUCUUAUAUGCAGGGUUAAAUACAAGAGCUUUUCUCUGGCAAACUUCUUAUUGUCUUUACUUACACAGGACUUUAUUUGGCUCUAACAAUCUGAUAUAUGAUCAAAAGCCAUCAUCAUUAAUUGGUCUUGCAAUAGUAAGAACAUCCACUCUCAGAAGUGUUUUUUGAGUGUCUGGGCAAAAAGCUUCAGAAGAGACCUACAGCACUGAGAUUCAGCAUGUUACUAAAGUUAGUUUAGGGGGUCAGACUGAAUCAUUUUUGCCAAAUCUGUUUUUAAAAGUGCCCAAGGACAAAGGAACUCCACAGUCAAGACAAAGCGCUGCUGUAUAAGAGUGUGAAUCAGCUCUAGUGUUAGCAGUAUUGGAGCAAAGCUGGCCUUUUUCACAGCUUCAAGCUUAAUAUAGCCUUAUAUGCCUUAAAAUCUGUACAUGUUUCUCAGAUCAAACAGAACAACAAAAGAUACCAGCCCUUUCCAUUUCAUCCUGUCCAUGCAACAACCCUUUACAUAUUUUGUAGCUGUUAUCGCAGCACCUCUGGUCUUUUUUUUCCUAGACUAAACAACCCCAGCCCUUACGAUUUUCAUCCUACGGCUUGUUUUCCAAAGCUGUGUAAUGUACUUGUGAAUCUCUUCUUCAUUUUCUUCAGCUGAGUCUCCAGCUGGUUGGUUCAGCAGGGCAAAGGACAUCUUCCUCUAUUUUACAGCUUGUUCUUUCAUCUCAGCAUGGUGUUUGCCUUCUUUUACAAACACACAAUAUUUUGACUCCUAUGCAGAGAAGCAUCCUGGUCUCCAGUGUGAUCUUACUGAAUCACAGAAUUUUAGGGGUUGGAAGGGAUCUCUAGAGAUCAUCGAGUUCAACCCCUG